AUGGUAUUAAUAACAUGUUUCAACGAUCUACCAGAUCUCGUAUUAAUUGAACUCUUCUCGUAUUUAUCAUCUUCUGAUAUCCUUUGGGGAUUUACUCAUCUUAAUCAACGUUUAACUAUGUUAAUUAUUGAACAAGGUUUUUUUUAUCAUAUUAAUUUAUCACUUUCAAAGAAUCAUCAAUUUAAUAAAAUUCUUCAUUUUCUUCCAUUAAAUUUAAUUAAAAUACUUGCUAUUGAUAGUGAUGCAUCUCCACUUCAAUUAACUUGUUGGCCUUAUUUACCUAGUUUAACAACUCUACGUAUCAUUGGCACAUACAAUCAUGAUCAUCUUUUACUAUUUCUUUUGCUUCAUGCAGCUACACUUACACAUCUUAUCAUUAAAUCAAAUGAAAGAAUUGUUCCAGAUGGUUUUUCGAUGAAAUUCGAACAUCCAACAGGUGACAUGACGCCGCUAAUAAAAAAUAUUCUUCUUAUUCAUUUACCUGCACUUCGAUCUCUCGAUUUGGGCAUGGAAUAUUACAAUACACGUUGGCCAAUUACUACUAAAAUUGUUCCUCUAACAUAUAUACGUAUUUGUUUGCCAAGUACAGAUAUUUUAGUUCAUCUUAUGUCUACACCACCACUCUCAAAGACAUUACGUCAAUUACAUGUUAGAUUAAGUUACAAUUGUUGUGAUUCUUUAUCAACGCCUAACCCAUCGAUUCCAAUGGUUAAUUUACGAAUAUUUACUCUUGUUCAAACAUUUUUCUCAGAGUUUACCAUUAAAUGGAGAUUUUUCGAAAUUUUAAUAUCUUCAAAAAUAAUGCCUGUUCUUCAACGUGCUAAUAUAUCUCUUUUUAUCAAUAUUGAUGAUUUACAUCGAAUUAAUUCAUCAUCAAUUUUUACUGAUCAUCGUCAUGUUGAUGUUAAUUUUGCUUUUAAAAUUAUAAAUUGUCCUCAAUAUGUCAAUAUUACACAAUAUAUACCAUGUGGUAAUCAAUAUCAUAGACGAGAAAUUGUUGGUGCAACAUUCGUUGUUAAUCACUGGUGUGAUAGAUCACAAUGGCUCAUUGAUGGUGAUCCUUUUAGUUAUGGACGUAAAGAGUAUCAUCAUAUGUGGUAUACUCUUCCGUGGAUCAAUUUAUUACUGCCUCAACGUUCAUUAACUGAUUUAGCACAAUUGGACAGUAAUGAUCUGUUCGAAAUGAUUAAAAUAAUUGAAGCAAAUAAAGGUAAUGUUUUACAAGAAGUAGGAGAUGCUCAACAAAAAAUGUUAUUUAUUGAGCAAUACGCGACAAAAUAUACAACAAAUCUGAUCAAAUACAAACGUACUGACUUUAUGGCUGAAAAACAAUAUUUAUCGAAAGUAAUCUAA